AUGGAGCCAGGCAACUUGUCCGACCUAAUCUUGUUGGCCCUGGUCGGGGUCACCGUACAGUGGUUGGCCUACCCGGGUACCCUCUUCGAGGAUGUUGGCCCCUUGAAGGCACAGUUCAAGGCCCAGAGCCCGGACAUGGAUGCUCUCAUCAAGUUUGGUGCAGGGCUGCUCCUCUUCUUGGGCAUGACGUUCUCAGCAGUCAGUUGGAACCCUGUGAAUGGAAAGAUGGCCGGGUUUGGCGCCUUCAUCACCAUGGGCUACUUCAUCUACAGCGUCUUCAAGGCGGACGGUGAGGUCUUCCUCCCACGCUUGUUCUACGUCUACGCAGGAUUGAUCCUCCUCGGGGCGUUGCACAUCUUCGCGUUUCCCUCCAACCCGCUCCCACCGAAGACCCCAGAGGUGAAGAACAACCACGGCAACUUCUCCGACCUCAUCGCCAUCAGUUUGCUUGGUGUGGCUUUGUCUUGGUACUUCUAUCCGGAGCACCUGUUUCAGGACUUGGGCCCCUUGAAGGCACAGUUCCGCAGUCAGUCCGCAGAUGUGGCCACCCUGAUCAAGUUCGUCGCAGGGCUCAUGAUCAUCAUCUCCUUGAUGCUUUCCGGCGUCAAAUGGCACCUUGCCAGCGGA